AUGGGUGUUCUACAGCAAUGGAUGAGAGGAGAUUUGCAUGUUCCGGGAAGCUGCACUGAAAGGAGCGAGAUGGAUUGGUCAGACGAUCGAUCUCAGUUCCUCUACAUCUUCUGCCUCUACGCCAACAAUUCCCCUCAUUUUUUUUCUUCUUCUUUAACAGCGAAAGAGAGGGAGAGUUCGAGACCUGGGUUUCGGCCAAGAAAGCUAUGUGAGUUUCAAGGGAGGAGAGAUCUUCUUUGCCCUCUUUCACCGUUGGCGCUGCAGCGGAAGGCCGGGGAAGGCGAGAAGGGUGGAGGCUGUUUUCUACUACGGCGCGACGGAAGCCUGCCAAAAGGCAAGGGCAGUAGGUCUCUGCAAGUCGUCGACUACGCGUUAUCCCACGACGUUGAAGAGCUAGCCCUGCACAGGAAUAUCAGGGACGAGACGUACUGGAAUUUCAGCGUAAUAUUCUCGGAUUACUGCGAUACUAAUAAUAUUGCUAAUAGCGAGAAGAGGAAGAAGAAGAAGAAGACGAAUAAUCACCUGAAAGCUCUAGACCUCCACUGGAUCAACCUCGACCAUGGCUUUGCAACCUGCUCUGGCUUCCCAAUGUUGACCACGCUGACCCUGCGAAGUUGCCCUUUUGGUACUGCUCGGGGUCUCACUCUUACUAACUUUCCUCGCUUGAAAAAUUUGUCCAUGAAUUUCUGCUACCGGACGGAGGGUUCCGGAAUGGGGAGAAAGUUGAAGAUACAUGGCCCCCAAUUGCUCAGCUUGAAACUGGAGCUGAUGGCGUGCUACGAGAUUGAGAUAUACGCGCCGGAGCUCGAAACUUUCACUCUGUGUGAGAAGGUGACGACUGGCACAGCUGGCAACGGGUUCUUCGAUUCAGCCCCCAUUCCUGAUCUGGAUCGUGCAGAUAUCGAGUUGAAGGCGCCGGACCCGGGCAUGAAGCGUUUGGACAGGACAGUCGCGGGUGAGUAUCUGAGAUCCUUGUUCCAAUAUGUGCAGAGCGCGAAAAAUUUGAAGCUGCGCAGCUCUAGUACUAUUGUGAUACUGAACUGUAUGCGUGAUGAGAUUCUGGAUCAGCAUCCAUCUCCUUUUAAGAGGAUGGAGUCCUUGAUUCUGCCGGACAACAAAUUACACGACAAAGUCAUCGAUUACUUCUUUGAAGCGUCUUCUUGUAAGGAACCAAACAUUUUCGUUGGAGAUGCGCAUGGUCGAUCGUCGAUGGAUACAGUACAGAGAUUUAGAAUAGAGUGA